AUGGGAAAUAUAACCAAAAAAGGAACUAGAGGCCCAGUAAUUGACAGAGCCUCUUCUACUGAACCAGUAAGAUCAAAAGCCCUUCACACCAAGCUCUAUGAAGCCAUAAUGAGAGAAGAUUGUACUACCAUUGAAACCCUACUAAGAAAUCAUCCUGUGAACCAGCCAAUGACUGUUUUGGCCAAUUCUACAUGCUACAGAUUACUACUGAACCAGCCAACACAAUCUAUCAUUCCCAUUCAUCUGGCUGCUAAAUACCGAAAAGCACAAAGUUUGCUUUGCUUACUAGAACAUGGUGCUGAUCCAGAAAUAAGGGACACCCGAGGUCACACCACACUUCAUCUCAUGCUCCUACAUUGGCCAAUUACCCCUGCCACUUGGACAGAACCAGUAAACCGUAUUCAGAGAAUCCUGACAGAUAUACAGAAUCAUGCUGUAACGUGUCUUCAUAUCUUAUGUGAGCAUGGAGCUCUGGUUAAUGCUCGAGUAGACAACGACUACAAAUAUUCACCACUCCACUUGGCCAUACGCUAUGGUACCUAUCCAGUUCUCUCCAUUCUAGCCCAGAAUGGUGCUCAUGUCAAUGCCAUUGAUGAAUCAUGCAUGACACCUCUUCACAUGGCUGCUGGCAUACUGAACAAGAAGAUGACUGAAACUCUAAUUGCUUGUGGAGCAAAUGUAAAUUGUACUGUCUCUGCUACUGGGAAUACUGCCCUUAAACUGGCAGUAUGUGCUGCAUCAACUAAAGCAGGCAGGUUAUUGGCGGCAGAUAUAAGCUGUAUCCGUUUACUUUUAACUAAUGGAGCAAAAGUAAAUACCCAAGAUCGUGAAGGACAAACCGCUAUUCAUGAAGCAUGUUUUGGAGGCAGAGAAGCAAUAAUUAACCUACUACUUGAAUUUGAGGCAGAUGUUAAUAUCUUAACAAGAAAUGGGGAAGCUCCAAUUUUUAUGUUUCUUCAGCGUAGAUCCAAUAUAACAGAUACAACACUGCUUGACAAGCUCCUUUAUCUCUCUUAUCCUCUGAAACUGACCAACAAUCAAGGAAUUCUACCCACAGGACUUCUACUACCAGAAUUUCAUCUAUUAAAGGAAACCCUAAUAAGGUUAUCGCAAAAACCUUUAUCCCUACAGGUGAUCUGUAAAAAUAACAUCAGAAAAUUUUAUGGAGAAAAAUAUAAACAACACUUAAAACAACUUCUCCCACCGAAGAUAUGGGAUUCUAUAUAUAGUUACUGUGACCUAUCCCAACUCUUGAAAUAA